GCGCUCUCCUCCUCCUCUCUCCUCCUCCUCCUCCUCCCCCGGGCCCCAGCUCGGGCACCGAGGUGGCCGCUCCCGGCCGCGCCGGCUUCCCCAGCCCCGACCCCUUCAGGCUUCGGAAGCCGGGACGGGCGGCUCCCGGCCGCGCCAUGAGCAUCGUCAUCGGCAUCGGCGGGGUCACCAACGGCGGCAAGACCACGCUCACCCGCAAGCUGAUGCAGGCCCUGCCCAACUGCAGCGUGGUGCACCAGGACGACUUCUUCAAGCUCCCUGGUAGCUGUGCUGACCAAGCAGGUGUUUUCUUAUCGCUGUUUCAGCCUCAAGAUGAAAUAGAAGUUGAAGAUGGGUUUAAACAGUAUGAUGUGAUUAGCGCAUUAGAUAUGGAGGCUAUGAUGAAUACCAUCAAUGCUUGGGUAAGAAACCCAGUCAAGUUCGAACGUUCUCAUGGGAUCAACAACACGCUGGAUGCCCAAAUCUCACCAGACAGGGAGGGAGGAGAUAAAACAAUCCACAUUCUUAUUGUUGAAGGCUUCCUACUUUACACCUACAGGCCACUGAUUGAUAUUUUCCACCAUCGGUACUUUCUUUCCAUUCCAUAUGAAGAGUGUAAAAGGAGAAGAAGUUCGAGGAAUUAUACUGUACCAGAUCCACCUGGAUUGUUUGAUGGCCACGUUUGGCCUAUGUACGUGAAGCACAGGAAGAUAAUGGAAGAUCUUGGUGUUGACGUGGUGCACUUGAAUGGAACAAAAUCAAGGGAGGAGCUGUUCAAUGAGGUGUAUGGACAGAUCCAAAAUAAGAUUGAAGAAUUACUUAACAUGCAGAAAUAAGUUGCUUGGGAUUGAAGAUGAUUCCUGUUUGCUCUGAGCUGUCUACCUGACUGCUACUAAAGUUCCAGCUUCUGUGAAGACUCAGUUAUUGGAUUUGACUUUUUGUUCAAUUUCCCCUGAAACCGAGCUAGACAUGGUCAUAAUAAAAAAAAGUAUUUCCCCCUCA